AUGGUUGACAAGAGAGCGGAUAAACAAUUUAUUUGUGACUUUAUUGAAGUUUAUCGCGGCCUUCCCGCUCUUUGGGAUGCGAAGUGCAAAGAAUAUACUAAUCGUACCAGAAAGGGGGAGCAGUACGAUGUAUUAUUGGAAAAAUACCGCGAAAAAUUUCCGGAUGCUGAGAAACCAGAUGUGGUAAAAAAAAUAAAUUCUUUACGUACAAACUUUCGUAAAGAAUUAAAACGGAUUCGCGAAGCAGAGAAAAGUGGUGCGGAAGAUGUCGAACCUGUGCUGUGGUAUUUCGAAGAAAUGAGCUUUCUUCAGGCACAAGAAACACCUACUCCUUCAAUCAGCACGAUGGACACAUGCCAAGAAACCUCUACUCUGGAUGAGUUUCAUGAAGAGAAUUGUAAUGAAGAUGCAAAUAAUGGAACCAGAUACACAGCUAAUGUUGGACCUUCUAAAAACACGAAAAUAAAGAAACCUCUACAUCCUACUGAUGAAUUAAUUCAAUUGGCAACCAGGCGCCUUAAGCAACCAGAAGACGACUGCGACAAAGUGGCUGCAGCUUGGGCAGUUGAGCUCAGAAAAAUGGAUCCACGACAACAGAUGUUUGCGAAGAAGGCCAUCAAUGAUAUUUUAUUUGAGGGACAAAUGGGGACCUUACACCGCCAUUCAGUGGAAAUUAACGCUUCACAUGCGUCCACUUCCAAUACUGUUUAA